UCCAUCCAUCCAACUUACUUCCAGAAUCGAUUAUCGAGUAAGUAUCCGUCUGUCUACGCCAUUUUCAUCGUCCAAAAUCCUUAUUAAGAGGAAAAAAGUCCAAAUCCCGCUCGGUGACGACGACGCAACAGCACUGAAACUCCCCGCAAGCACUCUCUCUCUCUCUCUCUCUCUGUGCAAUAUAUAGAGAGAAUAGAUUCCUUCUUUCCUCAGGGGCACCAAAAGAUAUUUGUACAGAUUUUUAGUUGAAUAAUAUUUCAAUAAUUGCGUCUGCUUUGCCUUUGAUAUUCACAUUUCGUCGCUGCCAUCCAGCCAUUACAAUCAGAGACUGGAGGCGAAGAAGAAAAAGAUAGUAUAUGGAGGGCCACGAAGGAAGAGGUUUGGGUUGCCAGAAGACUAUGGAUGAGAAGAUUGAUGCAACCAAUGGUUCAGACAAGGCUGUCAUCCCUUCUUGUUGCUUGAAAGCCAGGGCAUCUGACCCUGAAUGUGAUGCCAAAUGUCACGCAACAGUUGUUUCUGGAUGGUUCUCUGGACAUCAGACAUCAUCUGAGAAAACUCCUAUUCAGAUGUACUUUAACAAUCCAAUGUGGCCAGGAGAAGCACAUUCCCUCAGAGUGGAAAAGAUUUUAUUCAAGGAAAGAUCAGAGUUUCAGGAGGUUUUGGUUUUCCAGUCCUCAUCAUACGGGAAAGUUCUUGUGCUAGAUGGCAUUGUUCAGUUGACUGAGAAAGACGAGUGUGCUUAUCAGGAGAUGAUAGCUCAUCUUCCUCUCUGUUCAAUUAAAUCCCCCAAAAAUGUUCUUGUGGUAGGUGGUGGUGAUGGUGGUGUUCUCAGGGAAAUUUCUCGUCACAGUUCUGUGAAGUUGAUCGACAUCUGUGAGAUAGAUAAGAUGGUUAUUGAUGUUAGUAAGAAGUUUUUUCCACAGCUAGCUGUUGGUUUUGAUGAUCCUCGUGUGCAUCUUCAUGUUGGUGAUGCUGCUGAGUUUCUAAGGAGUGCACAUGAAGGGAAGUACGAUGCUAUUAUUGUUGACUCAUCGGACCCUGUAGGACCUGCUCAAGAACUUGUAGAGAGACCAUUCUUUCAGACAAUUGCAAAAGCACUAAGGCCUGGUGGGGUUCUUUGUAAUAUGGCAGAAAGUAUGUGGCUUCAUACGCAUCUUAUACAGGAUAUGAUAUCUAUAUGUCGAGAAACAUUCAAGGGUUCUGUUCAUUAUGCAUGGACGAGUGUUCCUACUUAUCCAAGUGGUGUCAUUGGAUUUCUGAUAUGCUCAACUGAGGGGCCCCCAGUAGAUUUUCUACAUCCUAUCAAUCCCAUUGAGAAGUUAGAGGGGGCAGUACAGCAUCAAAGAGAACUUAAAUUUUACAAUUCAGAGAUCCAUAAAGCAGCCUUUGCCUUGCCAUCUUUUGUCAAGAGGGAACUUAGCUGUCUCCGUGAUAUCAAACUGCAGGAGCGCCAGUGACUUGGUUGAUCUUUUAUCAUUAGUUAUUGCUUCUGUGGUGGCUUCAGAUACGAUUAUUCAUGAUGCUGCAAUUAGUUCAUCGAGUUGUUGAGAAAGUUCCACUAGUAUGGCCAUUUAAAUCACCAUAAUAUAAUGAAGGGUUUGAUCUUCAAGAUUGUUGAUGUUAAUUCCUAAGAGAUCUCGAUUAAUCGACAGAACUUUCUAUUAUAUACCAAGGAUGGUUGUGAACUGGAGCAUUAA